UUGUCAGGUCGUUUCUCUAUAAAUGUAUAACACAGGCUAAUGUUUUCAUAUAACGACCGGAUCAGGAGAAAUGACAACUGUUCGCAUUUCAACUCGCUACCACCUUCUUUUACUGUUCCUUGUCAUGAUAACAGAAACACGAUCGGAAGAUUUCAUUUCAACAUAUUUUCAAGCCGUAAAUGACGUUGAUGUUGUUGGCCAUACGGACACGUGGACGAGACAGGAACAGCUGAUCAGGAACAGGACGAGAUGUACCUCCCUGUGUGUAGCGAGUGCGUGUGAGUGCGCGUCCUUUACGUACGACGGGGCGACUGGUACCUGUUAUAUGUUCACUAAGACAGUGAGCAGCGGCGGCGGGUCCGGAAAAGGUGCAAACAAACUCACAGAAUGUGUAGUGCCAAGGGUUAUAGAACAUUCCAUUCUUACUGACUACACGGGGUGCAAUGCCACCUACGACUGUGUGUUCGGAUACAAUGCAACUGAUCACAACGUCCUAACCUGUCAGGCAAACGAGACCUGGGCUCCCAGCGGGUUUUCCUGUGCUGAAAUACCGUGCCCGGAUCCAGCAGAGCUUGCAAAUGGUAUUCCAACGGUGACGACAUUGCAAGUAGGAGGUGUCGCCACCUAUACCUGUCUGUCGGGUUAUAUAAACAGGGGAGGAGUCGGGGACACGCUUACCUGUCAAUUAGGAGGCACGUGGCUAGGAGUCAUCGACAUGAUAUGCAAGCCUAUAGUUAUUCGGUACACGUUCUACUGGACAACUGCUGAUGUCCUGUUCGCCGGCACAGAUGCAAUAGUCUGGGUACGGAUGUACGGGGCCUACGGGACGCAACAAGUCACCAUGCCUUCAAAUAUGUUAUUUGAGAGAGGAAUAUCGGAAUCAAACUUGACGCUAUAG